UGUUUCGCGAUUGUUCUGUCUUUUCAUGGGUCUUUACUUGGCCCUUGAGUUUUUUAACAGGGACGGCGGUGACACCUGUUGUUCACACCUCAGCAAAGCAACUGGUCGGUUAAGUUCCCCCAGGAAUUUAGGAAAUGAGAGUGAGCGCGUCACAACAGAGCAAUGAGGAAGGACCGGGUAAAAAUGGUGUCAUCGACCUCGCUAGCAGGAAGCGCACAGCAACUUGCUAGCUGAAACUCGUACCCCUGUAACAGGAAACACUGCUAGAUAAGAGUCUGCAAAUGAAACCAAGCCAGUCUGUGCACGGAAAAAAAAAAAAAGUGUGCGUGCACUAGUGAUCUCACCUUAGUGCUCGCACCGUACUACGAUCUGUAGGCACGUCACAGGCUGGGGGUGGUGGCCUUCAGGUGCACCCAAGAUGACUCCCCAACUGAAUGAAGAUGUAAUGGCAGAUAUUAAGAAAGAAGCUGUAGAACGGUUACGACCGUAUUUAUGUGAAAAGCUAAUCGCCGAAAGACACUUUGACUACCUGCGCUCCAAAAUGAUUCUGAUCAAAGAUGAUACCGAGGAAAUUUUAUGCCAAACAACAAGUCGGAAAAGAGCUGGAGAAAUGCUGGAUCGACUGGCCAAACAUCCAAAGGGGCUCGAUGCCUUGAUUGAAUCCAUAAGACAACAAAGAACACAAGACUUUCUUAUAGAAAAAAUCACCGACGAGGUCCUACGAGUAAAAAACUCACGGCUGGAAUCCUUCAAAGAUUGCUGUCUGAACACGUCCCUGACAACUUCCAAUGGAUUAAGUUCUCCAGAUGAAAUACUGGUGUCCCCCCAAACGGAAUCCACAGUUCUCUUUCACCCUGAAGGAGAGCCCAGCCUCCCAAAUUAUUUUAGCAACUCUCUAACUCUGAGAAGUCCCAUUUCUGCAGAGAUCAAGGCAAAGAACAGCAAACAAAGUUCUAACUUCUCCCUCAAGUUCCCCAAACCCGGAGAACUCGGAGCGCCGCCGCUUCCCAUCAUUCCUACGGUGGAUCCUGAGGAAUCCUGCGCGUGCUCCACCAUCGAUAACCAGUUCCUUCCUCUGAGAUCCACUUCUCCUUUCAAUCCGUGAUAUCUUAAAUAAAUACUCUGCCCUUAUCUGAUCAGGUAGCGUUGGAUUUGUGUUCUUCAGAACUCUGGUCACAGAAUGGUGGAUCCAUUUAAAAUUUAUAGAAAAAGAAUCAAGGA